GUAUGGUUGCUGCUGUUACCUUGACUCUACACACACUCCGUGCCCAUGUGACGUGUGUCUGGAGUGUAGCCUGCACAGUGUAUGGUCUAGAGCGGUUUGUCUGUUGCUAUAGUAGACGCAGUCUCCAGGCGAAGCGUGACACAGUUUACCUCUAAAUUGAUUUUCUUUCUACUAACACGGAUUCCAAACGUUUGUACUGAUGUAGCGUUAGCAGCUCCAGAACUUAUCCGGAUUUCAAUCCCAUAAAUCCAACUGGAUGCUGUCAGUCAUUUGGGUGGGGUUGACGCAGAUGACAGUGCACGGGAGGAGAACCGAGGGAUAAACCAAACCGCACAGCAUCAGUUUAAAGCAACAAGGUCAGUGGGCUUGGUAAAGCCAUGACCAAGCCCGAGUCGAAGAAAAGCGGCGUGGCCGCGAUCAACGUUACCGGCAAAUGCGCCACAUCCGCCGCCGAGCAGGUCAACAACGGUUCAGUCGAGCCGGACUGUCCGGACCACAGCACACAUAUCAAAGCUAAUGUGAUGAAGCAUACUUCUAAGGAGAGCAUGCAUCGGAGAAACACGGAGUGUGAAGUAUAUGACGACGGGACCAACACCUUUUUCUGGCGAGCCCAUACUGUGACUGUGCUGUUCAUUCUGACCUGUGCUCUGGUUUACGUCACGCUGUUGGAAGAAACCCCCCAGGACACUGCCUACAACACUAAGAGGGGGAUUGUGGCAAGCAUUCUGGUGUUCCUCUGUUUUGGAGUGACACAAGCCAAGGAUGGACCCUUCACCAGACCACAUCCAGCAUACUGGAGGUUCUGGCUUUGUGUCACUGUCGUCUACGAGCUGUUCCUCAUCUUCAUCCUGUUCCAGACGGUGCAUGAUGGAAGACAGUUCAUGAAGUACAUUGAUCCCAAGCUUGGGGUACCACUCCCAGAGCGGGACUAUGGAGGAAACUGCCUCAUUUACGACCCAGGCAACACCACCGACCCCUUCCACAACAUCUGGGACAAGAUGGAUGGCUUUGUUCCAGCUCACUUCCUGGGAUGGUAUAUCAAGACUCUGGUGAUUCGGGAUUGGUGGAUGUGUAUGAUCAUCAGCGUCAUGUUUGAGUUCCUGGAAUACAGCCUGGAGCACCAGUUACCUAACUUCUCAGAGUGCUGGUGGGACCACUGGAUCAUGGAUGUGUUGGUGUGUAACGGUCUGGGGAUCUACUGUGGAAUGAAGACCCUGGGCUGGUUGUCAAUGAAGCCCUACCAGUGGCAGGGCCUGUGGAACAUUCCUACAUACAAGGGGAAGAUAAAGCGUAUAGCAUUCCAGUUCACUCCGUACAGUUGGGUGAAGUUUGAGUGGAAGCCUGCUUCAAACCUUCGUCGCUGGCUUGCAGUGUUGGGCAUCAUCUUUAUGUUCCUCCUGGCGGAGCUGAACACCUUCUACCUGAAGUUUGUGUUGUGGAUGCCUCCUGAACACUACCUGGUGCUGCUUCGCCUGGUCUUCUUUGUCAAUGUAGGAGGCGUAGCCAUGAGGGAAAUCUACGACUUCAUGGAUGACCCGAAGUUUUACAAGAAACUUGGCCAGCAGGCGUGGCUGGUGGCAGCAAUCACGGUGACGGAGUUCCUCAUAGUGGUCAAGUAUGACCCCAACACCAUCAUGCUGCCCAUCCCCUUCUUCAUCAUGCAGUGCUGGCUCUUAGGAAUCCUCCUCAUCUUUACCUGGACACUAUGGCGGUUUUUCAUCCGUAAUGUCCAGUGAGUGACAUCACACUCCGUUAUAAAGAGACCCGUCGACGCAAACAGGAAGUCCCCUCGGACCGGGAGCGCCCACUUGGCAACGUCGGCACAGCCGUCCCGUCUGGGCGGAGCAAACUCAACGGCAGCUCCGAGACCGUGCGGCAGAGGAAGUCCUGAGAGGGGAGACGCGAGACAUAACUCGUGGGUCAGCAGCAAGGGAAGGGGAAAGGACAAGGUUUGAUGCGAAAAACAAGAAGACUGGAGAGUUGUGACACAAAGAAACAUGUAGAGGCCAACAGAUGGACACAUGUAUGUGCUGUGUAGACUUUAUUUGUGCCUACAUGAACUAAGUAGUCAACAGACGCAAGGGGGGCAGUUUUCAUCUGGUGCAUUGUCUAGUUAUUGUUACAGUACUACAUGGAUUUACCUCAUACAGGAGGUUUUUUAGGAGCUUUUGGGGAGUUACCCAGGACAAGAUACAUUUGUGUUAUUUAUACAUUACUUCGGAAAUUUGGUUUAAGAAGGGAAAAAGGAAAAUGCUGAAUCAAAGAGUAUAGCAGUUGAAGGUGGGAAACAGUGAUCCAAUGACAGCACUUUUCCAUUUUCUCAGCUGCACACUUUGUCUUAGCAAAAAAGAUGUUUGCGUCAGAAACAUGUCCGCCGCUGUAAAUUAGCUUUGUGUUCAGUUCAGAUGAGAAAAGGGAGCGUAUUCGGAGCAGUAAUGAGGUGUAGGUAACUGAUGUUCAGAGCUUAGUUCAUGUUUUUUCUUCACAGUACAGAGUACUUUUUUCUUAGGUGCAGGUCACUGAUAAUUAUUACUUACUUUACAUGUGGGAGAGAACGUCAGCUUUAUUAUUUACAGCUGAGGGUUUUCAUUCCUGAGAUCAAUGAGCAUCGAGGUCCUUGGAACCGCUUCGGGAUCCUUGCUCAAGCCUCUGUCCUUCAGGCUUCAUUCUUUAAAAAAGGACAGGUUAAUUUAAUAAAAGGAGAUGUACCAUAUUCAAAUUAUUUAACUGUUUAUUAUACAUUAUAAAUGGGGUAUAGUUUGGGUGUUUUUUGAAGAUGUUUUGUUAUCACUACUGUUAUUUCUUAAGGGUAAAUCGAACAUGAACACUAGAUUUUACUUGAGUUCAUUUUUGUGAACCGAGGAAGUGAGAAAUCUGCAGCACCCUAAUGAAAACACCCAUGACAAUCACACUAUGCUACAAACAUGUGCUCCUCAACUGUAACAGGCUAGACUGAUGGCUCAUUCAGUCACAUCAGAAUGUAAAUUUAAUAUUGGAUUCCUUGCAUGCCUAAUGUUUUUAUAUUUGACCCUUAAAUUGGGUCAAAAUAUGAUCUGCAGUGUCUGAAUAAGCUGAAACAAAAAUACAGCCUUUUCUUAAGGGGGGGGGGGGGGGUGAUGAUGGUUGAGGUUUAGGUGUUUUUUGGUUUGGGAAGAGAACCAUCCUGUUCCAGCUCUGUGCGCUUGCCAUAUUGCACAUGCACCAAGCCAAAGCUUAGAUCCCAUUCUUGCUAAAGCCAUACAUGCCACUCAGACACACAUGAGCCACUCAAACAGCUGUUAAACCUCAUUUAGAUUUCUUUUCGUUUCAACUAAAGCAGAGUCCCAAAGCCAUCGGGAUCAGUCAUGUCAGCGUACAAUGCUUAUAUUACAAAGGCAAAUUAUUAUUGAAACCAAAUUUCCUUAUGU